AUGUGUUUUCAUUUCCGGCCCUAUCUGUGUCAGUCCGCACUGUGGAAUUUGUUUGAUAUUGAUUCUUUUCUUCAGAAAAAGCCCAAGAUUUCUGCAUCUCGUCGGUUAUUCUUAAAGACCAAAAUACUGAAGAAGGCCAGCACCCUGCUGGCAGAGGAGAAGGAACAGAAGAAGACUGACAGAGAGCAAACACUCAGUGAGCGAGUUCCUCCUCUUCAGCUGUCUGGAAUCUCUGUACAGGAUUUACAGAAUCUGUGCAAAGAACUCCAUCAAAAAAUUGAUGUUGUUGAUGAGGAACGAUAUGAUGUUGAAUCUAAAGUUGCCAAAAAUGAAAAGGAGAUUGCAGAUUUAAACUACAAAAUCUUUGAGCUGAAGGGAAAAAUGAAGAGACCUGCCCUGAAGAGAGUGAGGGUGUCUGCCGAUGCCAUGCUUGGGGCUCUGCUAGGUGCCAAACACAAAGAAUCCAUUGACUUUAAAGCUAACCUCAAGACAGUGAAGAAGGAGGAGGAAAAGAAAGAAGAAGUGACCGACUGGCGUAAAAAUGUGGAUGCUAUGUCUGGCAUGGAGGGCAGGAAGAAGAUGUUUGCAGGACCAAAUGCAUAAUGAAUUCUUUAAAAAUUAUAAAACAAAUUAAAGUCCAAUGUGAAAGCUAUUUAAAAAUACACAUAUUUAACUGCUGUUUAAUUGUGGUUAUGUAUUUGUUUUAUUGCAUAAACAGCAGUAUUAAUGAAAAACAAUUGUAUGAGGAAUUCACAAAACUGUGCUAUUGUUAUAACCACAUUGAUCAGUUCAAAUAUUGAAACAUGAUUUACGACACAUAUAAAACAUUUAUUUAUGUUAAUACUUGUUUAUUAUAUGAUUGCAUUUGUCAUUAUAUAAUAACGGUUAUAUUGUAAUAAUAUUUAUAUGUGAUCGGUUGUGUGAAUAUUGAGGAACAAUAAAGCUAUCACUGUUUU